UAAAAUUCGCUGUGACUGUAGUGCAACAUUAUGUGUGCUGUCCAUUAAAAGUACGUAAACGAAGUCAAGAAUACUAAAAAGCAUAGCGGCACAAAGUUUGUCAGCUCUGGGGCACCGUACAUGUAGCGUUCUUGUGGAACAGUGCAUGCGUACUGCAGUUCUGUCUCUACAUACACCAAAAGCAGUACGAUGGAUAGUGAGGAGGCUCCUGCCCAGCGGCCAGUCACACUGGGCAUCGCAGUGGAUUAUGAAAACAAUGAAACUCCUGCUCCAGACUCUCCGGAGCCAGCCUCAAGCCAGACUGCUCCCAGAGACAACAUCCCGUCCCAGGAAGAGAGCAUUGACCUGGGUGGGGAGUUUGCCACCCCCCAGGAGGACAGCAGUGCCACACCCUCAGGAAGCCUGAUUGACAAGCUUAAUGAUCAGAUGAUGGAGAGUGUCAUGAUUUCUGACUCACCCAAUAACAGUGAAGAGGAGGAUGUGGCUCCCAUUGACUCUUUUCUAGAGGGAGGGGUGGAGGGGAAUACAGGAGAGACCUCAGGAGAUAAAGAGGAACAAAGUGAAAUUGGACAGAAUACAACUGAGAUUAAAGUUUCUGUUUCUGUAGAGGAACAGGAGAAUGAUGAUUCUGAAGAGGAAUUAGAAGGGGACACGAAGGAGCAUACAGACACAGAAGAGAAAGUUACAUCCUGUGUUCCACCUCAAGGUGACACACAGAGUCCAUCUGAUCCUAAAACUGAGGAACCUGACAGGAACCAGACAGCCAAAGGGCCUAGCCCAAAAGAUGAGCCUGUGCCGGUGUGCACUAUAUUUAGUCAGGCCACCCAGCCAAAAUCUCUGGUACCAGAUGGGUUUCAGCCCACCCUUAUCAAGUCUCCCAGUUUUAGCAGGGGGAGUGGUGGGGGAAGCGAUGAGGCAGUGACUCCCAGCAAGCUGCCAGCCCCCCUUGUGUGCCAGCCCAGCCCUAGUCUCAGUAAGUUCUUCACUGACAAUUUACAGACCAAUCCGGCAUCAGACUUCUUUGAUUCCUUUACUGUCCCAUCAUCCUUCAUCUCUGUUUCCAACCCCAAUGCAGAGGUCCCUUCUGAUGCUAACCCUGCACCCAUAGCUCACACUCCUGAGCACCAGCUCUCUUCCACUUCCCCCUCCAUCUCCACCUCUGGAGGACCCAUGGACUCUGGUGCUCCCAUUCUUAGCUCAGUCUAUGGCUCUGUCCCUACUGAAUCAACCACCAAGCCCCAACCUCCUCCACCUCAAACAGUCUCAGCACCAGCUCAAGCUCCUGCUCCUAGUCCUGGCCCAGCCACUCAGCCACAGCUCUUCAAUCCGCUCCAGGCUGUAUUUUCAGGCAGCGAUGACCCAUUUGCGACAGCACUGAGCCUGAGUGAGGUGGACAGGUGCCACGAUGCCUGGUUACCAUCUGAGGAGACCAGGAAGGUUUUGAUAUCUGUGGCCACCCAGCAGUACAACCUAGCCUACGUAGACCCCUGCCGACUCACCAUGCCUGGACUUAAGUUUGAUAACCUGCAGGGUGAUGCUGUGAAAGACUUGAUGCUCCGUUUCCUGGGGGAGCAGGCAGCCAUGAAGCGCCAGGUGCUCACCGCCAGCUCUGUGGAGCAGUCCUUCACAGGCCUCAAGCAGCUAAUCAGCAAAAAGAACUGGCGGGCUGCAGUAGAUCUGACUGGCCGGCUGCUGACAGUUCAUGGUCAGGGAUAUGGAAAGGCUGGCCAGCAAACCUCCCACACCACCGACUCACUGCAGCUCUGGUUUGUUCGUCUGGCCCUUUUCACCAAACUGAGCCUCUUCCAAAAUGCUGAGAUGGAGUUUGAACCCUUUGGCAACCUGGAUCAACCUGACCUCUACUAUGAGUACUACCCAAAUGUUUACCCUGGGAGGAGAGGCUCCAUGGUGCCGUUCUCCAUGCGGCUGCUGCAUGCAGAGCUUCCCCAGUAUCUGGCCAAGCCCCAGGAGGCUCUGGACCGCCUGCACAAUCUCAAAACCGUCUGCCUUGCUAUUCUGGAGAACUUGGAGAAAGGCUUGGCUGAGGAUGGCAGUAUGAUCACCCUAACACAAGAGAACAGGCAAGCGUCUCUUAAGCUGUGGAGGUCUCGCCUAAGUCGGGUCAUGUACUCCAUGGCCAACUGUCUGCAGCUGAUGAAGGACUACAUUCUGGCUGUGGAAACCUAUCACUCCAUCAUCAAGUAUGAACCCCAGCAGAGAAUUCAGCUGCUCAGUGGCAUAGGACGCAUCUUCUUGCAGAUCGGAGAUGUUAAAACAGCAGAGCGGUACUUCCAGGAUGUGGAGAAAGCCUGCCAGAUGAAAGGGAGCCAGCCCAGUCACACCAUAUGCGUGUUGAUGAACAGGGCCUUUGUCUACCUCAGUCAGAACAACUACAGUGAAGCACACGCAUCCUUCAGUGAAGUCUUAAAAAUUGACCCCAAAAACCCGGUUGCUAACAACAAUGCAGCAGUGUGCCUGCUAUACCUGGGCCGUUUGAAGGAGUCCCUGGGCCAGCUAGAGGGUCUGGUACAGCAGGACCCCACUCUGUACCUCCAUGAGAGCGUCCUCUUCAACUUGACCACUAUGUACGAGCUGGAGUCAUCUCGCAGCACCCAGAAGAAGCAGGCUCUGCUGGAGGCCGUGGCCUGCCGGGAGGGGGACAGCUUCAACACCCAGUGCCUCAAACUGGUCUAAGAGGCAGGAGGUUGAACUGGGAGAGGACACAUUAAUGUGUCCUCCUCCGACUGUGACAAAUGAAUAAAACCCUGAAAGCAGAAUCUAUACCAUAUCCGGAAGUAGCAGUUCCAGUGACAAGUGUGGUGACAGAAAAGUGGAUGUAUAGUGCUUGUUUUGAUUUCCCAAAAGGCAAGUUGAUGCAAGAUCUUUAAGAUCUAGUUUUAAUUCUGUUCAACGUAUUUUGGAGGCCAGGCAGGUACAUGCAUCCAUCCAUGUCACCCCAUAGGGUGGCAUAGCACUGCAGUCCCUCUGAAGGGGGCCCAGUAAAGAUCCACACAUUUACAGAAGGUGUCACAUGUUGGUGGAGGUGACAUUUGAGAAAGGAAAUGCCCCUUCAAAAGCCUUGCAUCUGCAUGAGUUGCUGUUAAUUUUAUUUUACACUUUAAAAGAAUGGAUUUUUGGGGAAAAUAUGCAGAUUUGUUUUCUUAGAGAGACUGAGAAGAAAAGAGUGAUACCACUGUCAUGUCUGUAUGAUAAAUAUGAAGCCAGCUAGCAGGCGGUUAGCUUAGCAUUAAGACUAAACAGAGAAACCGCUAGCCGAGCUAAAUCUGCUAGCACGCUUAUUGCUGGCUGUGCAAGCCAAUUUUAAAGUAUCUUUUAAGUUCUUUGUGCAUUUGUAUGUUACAAUGAAUACUUCUGAGUAGGAAGGCCUUUUUGUCUUUCUACUACCUUGCACUGUUCAUUUCCAAAAGCUGACCAGAAGUUAUGUUUCCAUGGUUAUUACUGAAGCGUGUAUAUUUUGGAAUGAGACCAUCUGGUCUUACAAGUGUUUAGCUUACCUCUACAAAUGUUUUUGCACUAAAUAUAUUCAAAUUACAGUGAGGUACUGCUGUGGCAAAACAAGAGAAAGAACAUUGUAAGCUCAACAAAAUGUACCUUUUCUCUUUAGUUCCUCCCCCCUCCCCACAGGGGGCACCUGUUAAUCUGGUCUUUGAUAAUUAGCUACAUACCAUAUAAGUUGAAAAUUUGGAUAAGGCUACAGAGCAGUAGCCCACUGACGCACUGGUCUCUGACAGUCAAGUAAUCGUACUGUUGCAGGCUGUGGCACACAGCAGUCUAGCAGGGUCUUGCUGAGAAUUAGCUGCCUCUACCUUCAUAUUUCGUGUGCAGAUAUGAGUAGCAUCUGUCUUUUCAUCUUACUUUCAGUGAUAAUACUAUUUCCCAAAAUGCCUAUUACUUUAAACUUGUGAUUUUUUUAUAUCAAAGAAAUUCUAGUCAAACCACUACAGAGGAAUCGUACAUUUAAACAUUUCUGGUAUGAAGAGAGACCUCACAACACGUUUACAGACUAGUAGUGCAGACACGUGUAAGACUUGACACGGGCAUUAUCCUGAGCUCCAGUGUGCUCAAAGACUAACAGUCAAAGACCACUCAGUUCCAGCUGGCGGUUUUUGCCAGGUUUAUUAAAGCUACAGUAUGUAACUAGCAUUAAUCUCCAAAUCAAUCCGCUCUGCUCUGCCCAGCACUCCCUCCCCCUGCUCCACUGUUCUCUACUAUGAUCUGGUACUGAUCAAGCAGAAAUAAUUGAAAAUCUGAUUGGUUAGAGAGGUCAGUCCUGCUCAAAACCUUUUAGAAGCUAA